AAAAGUUGUAUUUUUUCAAAUAAAUAUUUAUUAUAGUUAUUUAACAUAGCAAUGGUGAUGGCACAAUAUCCUAAUACCCAAUAUGUUGCACAUGAGUUCGUCCGUCAAUACUAUACAAUGCUUCAUAAAGAUCCUUCUCAAUUACACAGAUUUUAUACAAAAGAAUCUCGUUUAACUCAUGGUGGUGCUCCCAAUUCUAAAAUUGAAGAUCCUGUUGUAGGUCAAGAGGCAAUUCAUGAAAAAAUUUCUCAAUUGAAUUUCAACAAUUGUUAUGCAAAAAUCAGAUCUGUGGACAGCCAUCCCACAAUUGGCCAUGGUGUGGUCAUUCAAGUCACUGGGGAAUUAUCUAACUCUGGUAUGGCAAUGAGGAAAUUCAUGCAAACAUUUGUACUAGCUCAACAGGACUUGAAAAAAUACAAUGUUUAUAAUGAUAUUUUCCGAUAUCAAGAUGAGUACUUUGAUGACACAGAGAAUGAAGAAACUGUUGAUGGAACAAUUGAAUCAGAGACAGGUUAUUUGAAUCAUGAACCAAAUACUAAUGAAACUUCAAAUUUGACUCAUGAAAAUGAAGAUUAUAAAGAAAGAACAACUCAAGUUACUUCAGAGUCUUCCUUUGUGCAUCAGAAUAACAAUCAUGUUACUAACAUAAAUGAAGUUGAAAAUGUGGCUUUUGAAGAAACUUCUGGUGAAGAUGAUUAUGAUGACUAUGAAAAUAAAGAAGAACUAGUUGAUACUCAUGAAAACCCAGAGUUCAAUGAAGAAAAAGAGGUUUCAACAGAAACAUCACUAGAAACUGAUGAAGUUGAUGUCCCUGAAAACUCCUAUUACCAGGAUUCCCCUGAACAAGAAGUGGUUGAUGAUGUUGAACCAUCUGCUCCUGAAGUUGAUGAGCCUCACAAGCCUUUUACAUGGGCCAGUCUUGCUAAAAAGAAUCCACAAGCAUCACCACCUGUUGUUUCUAAACAUUCAUCCAAAAAAGUAGUACCACCUCAACCUCAACAGCCUCAGAUUGUUCCACCAAGCAAGAAAGAAGAGGUUGCUCCUUCUAAGAAGGAAGUUAACGAAGAACCUACACGUAAGAGAUUACAAGGAGGUACACCAGACAGCCAUCAAGUAUUUAUAGGGAACCUUCCUCCAAAUGUAACUGAUCGCGAAAUUAGAGAUGUUUUCAAAGAGUUUGGUAACAUUGUGGAAAUUCGUCUCAAUUCUAAGAACUUUGGUUUUAUUGCGUUUGAUGGUCCUGACGCUCCCAACAAAAUACUUCUCAAGACCAAGCCAAUUAUUAUAAACUCUAAUACUAUAAACAUUGAAGAAAAACGUUCUGGAGCUGGAAAUCGUGGUUCUUACCGAGGUGGUAGAGGAGACCGUGGUGGAGGUGAUCGAGGUGGAUUUAGAGGACCGUCUUCAUCAAGAGGAGGAAGAGGUUCAUAUGGACAAAGAAAAAAUACUGAUGAUAUAAAAUCUGAUAAACUAAAAGAGCCUAGAGCUGCACAAGAACCUAGAGCUACGCGCGAGCAAAGACAACCACGGAUUAAAAAUUAAAUGAUUUUAUGUACCGCGUCUUUUUAAAUUUGUGUUUCAAAAACA